AAGGAAUCAAUACACUAAAUCUAAAAAUAGAUUAAAAGAAUAAAGGAAUAAUGGCGACUUCGUCCGUAACCGAAAAACUUCCUCUUCAUUCUGCCGCCAAAGAAAAUGAUCUCGUUAAACUCGAACAGCUUUUACUUGAUGGGGAUUCACAUACAAUUAAUCUUCGGGAUCAACACGGAAGAACAUCUCUUCACUGUCUUUUGGAUUCUCCUGCCUUUACUGAUUUGGACGAAGUAAAGAGAGGAAUUCAGAUCCUUUUAGACAACGGAGCGGACAUCAACAUACAAAACAAACAUGGAGAGACGCCCCUUCAUACAGUGGUUCAGAACUAUUUGAAAUUUAUUCCAGAAAUCAUUCGGUACGUAUUGACUCACAGCCAAAGUUAUGAAAUGGAGGCACAGGAUGAGGACGGAUACUCGCUUUUUCAUUUGUUCAUGUCUGAUUUCAAUGACCAUGCCAAAGAAAAGGAAAGAUUCCAUCAAAUAUUGAAAGAGAAAGAAGAAUUUAUUCAAGCCUUGCUUCGGGGAGAAAUAUUGAAAUUUAAUUCUUCUGCGCUUUUAAAUCAAAAAGAACGCAAUGGAUAUUCUGCAUUUUACACAUAUAUUGGAAAUUCUACCUGUGCCACGGAUACGGUACAAUUAAUGAUUGAUUGUGGUGCUGACGUAAACACUUCCUCUGAAAUAGGAACCACGCCCCUUAUGGAGUCAGUGCUGAGACGACGGACAGAUGUUGUAGAAAUUCUUCUGAAGGCAGGAGCAAACCCAAACCAAACAGAUAUAUUCGGUCAAAGUUGUAUUUUUCGUGUCUAUACUAAUGAUUGUUUUGAAUUGUUGAAUCAAUAUGGCACCAAUUUCAAAAUAAAAGAUAAAUUUGGACGGAGCCCAAUUACAAAUGUCGAACUUUACAUUUCAGAGGAUCUACCUCAUUCAAACAUUGUCUUCUCCCAAAACUUUUCUAAAUAUCCUCCUUUAUUUGAGAGGUUUCUUGAAGUUGGACUUAGUUCUAACGAAGUUGACAAGCAUGGUUCCUCUCUUCUUCACUAUGCUGCAUGGCAUAGAGAUUCAAGAAUGAUCCAAGCUUUGAUAGAGCAUGGUGCGGAUUUGAAUAUUUUGGAUAAUGAUGGCAACAAACCUUUGGAUUUAGCAAAACAUGUGGGAAAUGAUAAUGUUUAUAACAUACUUGGUGAAACAAAUGAGGGGGGAGAUCAAAAAAGCAAUGAAGCAAAAUAUUGUAGAUAUAUCAUUAAUGAAACUGAAACAAACAAUAUGAAGACUGUGCUAAAUGAGUAUUUAGGAAUCAAGGAUGAUCCUGAAUACUUAGUGACUUCACUUGUGAAAUCUCCGAGAUUAGGAAUGACGGAAAUAAGACCAGAAGUAAGACAAAUUAAAGCAGAAGUAACAUGCCUAAUGCAAAAAAUAGCGAGUGUUGUUGGAAGAUUGAAUUCACUUUUUUCCUGUAAAGUUUUACCAACAGGAAGUUCGUCUGAGGGUACAAAAGUAGCAGAUCCAGACGAAUUUGAUUUUCUGUUCUGCUUGGAAGAAUUUUCGAAACAUUGCAUUCCACAUCAAGAUGAUGAUAUUUUGAAUAGUGGGUUUGUAAGUUUAAAGAUUCAGCAAGGAGAAGGCACGGAAAAAUUUGAAACAUUUCUUGAUGAAUCAACUCUUUCAGCAGAACUUGUUCGUGGAACCUUCCAAGAUUUGGUUACUUCUGCUCUUAACACCCCAGAAAUAUGGAAAUCCGAACACUUGUAUUUCGAUGGUCUUCUUGGGUAUCCGAUGGAUAAACCAGUAUUAAAGUUAGAACUCCAUUGGUUUGGUCCCAUUAUGAAGCAUGAAGCAGUCAACGUAGAUAUUGUCCCUGCUGUUCAGAUAAAACAUUGGAAGCCAAUUGAAUUAACUGACAAAAAUGUUGUGUGUUCUGUUGAAGAACAGUAUUUAUUAUUGUUCCAUUCACCAGAACGUUGCCAAUGGGGCGAUAAAGACGAUGAACAAUUAGUGAGAAUUUCUAGCUCUCUGAUGGAAAAAUGCUAUCUAAAAAGUCUUCCCCAGAUCUGUACUGAAAGUUAUGCGACAGCUAAAAUUUUAAAAAGCAUUAAUUUUUCACCCCAGGUUCAAUUCAAUGAGGAGAUAAAUAUGGAACAUAUAGCAACACGGGAAAUGAGAUUGUUGCAACAGACACAUUCAACUUCGGCAAGUGAAUGUGUCCAUAGAAAAGAGAAGAAAAAUAAUGAAGUUCCGACAAGUCACGUUGUACAGGACAUUUCGAAUUCUGAAGAGCAAUCGGCGGGAAUUGUUAAUAAAACACAACCUUUUAAAAGUAACCCUAUCAUACCAUGGAUGAUGGAUAUCGAUGAAACUUAUAAAGUACGAAAGUUAUUUACUCCAAAGGAAAACGGUAAACCUAGGAACAAAGUAUAUUUGGAUAAACAAAUGGGCAUGACAUGUACAACGUCAGUUUUUGAAAAUGACAAGCAUAAAUUAAUUUAUUUCAAACCCAUUGAAUGUGAGCAUGAUUUAAAUAAUCCAAAUAAUAGUUUUAUGGAAUCAGAAUUGGGUGGACAGUCAACGUGCGGUCUCAACUCAGAACAAGACCGUGAUUUAAAACCCGAUUCAGAUUUGCCUGAUAAGAACUUUGACGAAAAUGAUGAUAGCAAUGGCAGCACUGAAGGCAAAUCAAAUGUUAGCAUCAAAAGUACAAAUGCAAAAACUGACAAAGAUAGAAAGCGAAAGUUCUGAGGAGAUGGAAGAUGAUUCUUCAGAUGAUACUGAGUUGGAAGGCGGUGAUGUCGUAUAUGCGUCAGAUGAAAUUUCCAGCUACAUGUUGAAAAUGUGUUUAUUUCAUGUUGUACAUGAAGAGAAAAACAAAAACGGUGAUGUUCCGCCUUUUACUCUUUUGGAACUGACCAUAAAGAUUUACGAAAAGUUGCUGGCAUUCGCUAAGGAGGGUCGUUUACCUUCCUAUUUUCUUCCUUUUCUGGACGUUUUUACAUACGUUAACACUCAUAUAAAAGUUCUACCAGACGAGGAUUUAGAAUCUCUAACCAAGCAACAGUGUUUACGAAUCCAAGCCUUUUGCAGGGUUAUUCUGGGAAUACUGAAGCAAAAUCUAAAAAGCGAAGUUUCAUAAAGAUAAAGAUGCUGUGCAAUUCUUUUUAAACAGACCAUGAUUUCCAGCUAUAAAUAAUUAUACAUGUACAUGUAUUUUCUGUUGGGUACACAACCCUUUAUGUGUGGAUUAUUUUUUCCAAUGAGUUUUGAGAAUUUUCAUUUAAUUUAUUACAUUAUGCAAAUGAAAAUUAUUAAAAUUCCCUUUGUAGUGUACAUUGUGUCAGGUCAUAAUGGUUCAUUAACACUACCAUAUUGAAAACAGUCUUAUGUUGUGUAUCUGAUUUUAAUAUUACAGUUUUGCAUUCUAUAAACUAAAAUGGUGGUAUUUUAUUUCAUCAUAGUGUAAGAUUUUAUUUUU